CAGAGAGACUUCGCGGGGCCCAUGCAGCUGCACUGCAGACUCCCCUGCACCUGACGCUUCCUACCGCUCUGGGGCGACGGCUGCAAGCAAACGGGCAGCAGCCCGGCGCCUCGCCGGCGGGGCGACGCUCCAGCCAUCGCCAUAAGCGGAAGCGGCAGCCUGUCGCCCAGCCCUCAAGAGGCGGCUCCAGCGGCAGCGAGCGCGCAUGCACCGGCUCGGGCGGCCGCUUUGCUGAGCGCGCUUGGCGGGACGGCGGGGGAGGACCGGCAGCGGGGGCCCAUGGCGAGCGCGGUUAUUAAAUGCAAGGCUGCUGUUGCCUGGGAGGCAGGUAAACCACUCUCUAUAGAAGAGGUGGAGGUUGCGCCACCAAAAGCACAUGAAGUCCGUAUUAAGGUGGUUGCCACUGCAGUCUGUCACACAGAUGCCUAUACGCUGAGUGGUGCUGAUCCUGAGGGGUGUUUCCCAGUGAUCUUGGGUCACGAAGGAGCAGGAAUUGUGGAGAGUGUUGGGGAAGGAGUAACUAAAUUAAAACCAGGUGACACAGUCAUCCCACUGUACGUCCCACAAUGUGGAGAAUGCAAAUUCUGUUUGAACCCUAAAACCAAUCUCUGCCAAAAGAUAAGAGUUACCCAAGGAAAAGGACUGAUGCCUGACGGUACCAGCAGGUUCACCUGCAAAGGGAAGCAGAUUUACCACUUCAUGGGGACUAGCACCUUCUCUGAAUACACCGUUGUAGCGGAUAUCUCUGUGGCUAAAAUCGAUGCUGCAGCUCCUUUGGAUAAAGUUUGCCUGUUGGGCUGUGGAAUUUCAACAGGUUACGGAGCCGUCCUCAACACUGCCCAGGUGGAACCUGGUUCUACCUGUGCCAUCUUUGGAUUGGGAGGAGUUGGGCUGGCAGUUAUUAUGGGCUGUAAAGUGGCUGGAGCUUCCCGGAUCAUCGGCAUUGAUCUCAACAAAGAUAAAUUUGCCAAGGCUAAAGAGUUUGGAGCCACUGAGUGCAUCAACCCUCAGGACUUUAAGAAGCCCAUACAGGAGGCGCUGGUUGAGCUUACUGAUGGUGGAGUGGACUACUCUUUUGAGUGCAUUGGGAAUGUUGGUGUCAUGAGGGCUGCCUUGGAAUCCUGUCACAAAGGCUGGGGAGUCAGCGUGAUAGUUGGAGUAGCUGCUUCUGGUCAGGAGAUCUCUACCCGUCCCUUCCAGCUAGUAACGGGUCGCACGUGGAAAGGAACUGCCUUUGGAGGUUGGAAGAGUGUAGAAAGUGUACCAAAGCUGGUGGCUGAAUACAUGUCAAAAAAGAUCAAAGUUGAUGAAUUUGUGACUCACACGCUACCUUUUGACAAAAUUAAUGAGGCUUUUGAACUGCUGCAUGCAGGGAAGAGCAUUCGAUGUGUCCUGAAACUUUAAGGAUCCCGAAGAUGGAACCUGCCAGUCUUAGCACUAUGCUGUGUCUACUAGUUAAUGGAGCUUUUUGAAGAGGUGUAGGAUCAGCUGGAGAGAAAAUUCAGUUGUGAUGGGAAAACUAUCUGCUUUAGGAUCAUAGUCUCUAUUAAAUCAUAGGUAACCUGAUCUCAGACGAAUGAUAAAUACUAAAUCCAGUUAUGAAACUAAUGCUGGUUGUGGUCAUGAAAUUAACGUUUUAUUCUAUACUAGUCACUCCUGAAUUCUGACAGUGCCAAAAUCUUUAAAGCUGCUUGAUAGGUUUUUUUGUAAACACCACUUAAACUUUCAUUCCUUUAGUCAUUAAUUUGUUUUCUCUAAUUCUAAAAAGUUAUUAGGUGGAGCACGUAAGACCUAAAAGUCUGUGGGUUGCAGAUAUGCAUAGAGGAACUCCCUCCCCAUGCAAAAUGGGAUGGGGAGAAGACCCAGCUGUUAUCUGCAGCAGCUUCCUAAUCCUGAUGCUGGGGGAUCUUUCUGCAGUGCUCAUCAGCAGUAAAAGUUAAAUGUUGCAGUUAAGCUCUCCCAUUGCAAAGAACCCUAUGGAUGAAGGGAGUAUAUUUACACUGUUUUAUUAGUUCAGAGCUAGGUUUUUUUUUUUCAAGCCACUAGAUUCUUAUCAUGGGAAGCUUAAUUUCUGCAGAUGAUUGAACUGCCAGUGAAACACUGCACUACAGGCUGAAGCUGACUUUAUCCUAACUAUCUUUCAUAGUACAGUCUAAGGAGAAGACUGAGCAAACUCCUGUCCUAACUUAACUGCUGUGGAAGCCCAGGGGCACAGGAGAGGGUGAUUUAAAUCAAGGCCCAACACCUACCCAACCUGUCACCACUACAGUAAAUAGCCCUAAUUCUAAAAGAAACUUGUCUAAGACUUACCCUUUAUUUUGAAAAAACAUUAAAACUAGUCAAAGAUUUCUAUGAUGAUGAAGUGAGCUGUAGCUCACGAAAGCUUAUGCUCAAAUAAAUUUGUUAGUCUCUAAGGUGCCACAAGUCCUCCUUUUCUUUUUGUGGAUACAGACUAACACAGCUGCUACUCUGAAACCUGUGAUGAUGAUGAUACAGUAUGAGGCCCAAAGCCACAGCUGUGUGGGCUGUGAUUAGUCAGCUCUGACUGAAAGUGAGGUGAGGGAAGUGCACUCCUUGCAACAAUGCUGAAGGAAAACUGAGCAUGGUAUAGAAAGUGAUAUUGGGGAUUUACUUUCUUCCUCCUGGCCAAUAAAUUGCUGCCCUAGCAUGAGUGUGUGGAGCAAUCAGUAGUAAAUCUGAUCAAUUAAGGGCUGGACUAAGUAACAUGAAUAUCCCAUGGUAACUUCACAAGAAUCUUUCUGGUUGUUCCACUCCUGCUUCAUUUCCCAUUUGGCUAAUUAGUCUACUGUGCUGUAGUGUUACAGUUAACCAACUGUCAGCAAAUCACUAGUAAAUAAAAUAUACUGGAGGCCUUCUAGCAGAUAUCUGUAAUGUAAAUCCUACACUAUCAUUCCAUACACCUGGCUAUAGGUUCAGAUGUUGCAAUUUAUUUCAGUGUUUAAACAUGGUUUCACUCUGACAAAGAAGUUUUAGUAGGAACUACCUGAUCCACUUAUAACUAGGCUGUAGUUCUGUUAGACUUAAAGCUUCCUCUGGUCUUUCAUCUAUUUAAUUCUAAGGCAAAAUUAAAGUAGGGAAUGAAGAAGCCCACUGGAGCCAUUCCAAGCAAGGUUUUUUAACCUGCAACUUCAAAGUCAGUCAGAUAUCAGUCCUGGUUAAGUCAUUGCAUCCAUAACUUCUAGGAUGCACUGCCUUUACUACCACACAAACAUCAUGGUGUGAGUAAGUAGUGUGUGACAGGGGAGAACCACUCACCCCCAUUGUUAGAAAGAUAAGUAUCUGGCUCAAUUAGUGAAAAAACCAGCUUUUGUCAUACCUGGACAAUUACUAAGAGGGACCCCUUACACCACCACCCACCCACAUCAUAAAUAAAAAGGCCUACAAGCCAUAUAGUUAAGUUCUCACCUAAUAUUUUGACCAGUUGACCACUCUAUUAAAUGGAGUAAUUUCUGAAGAAUUAAACAGAUAAGGAAUAUCAUCAAAAGGUUUUCUCCUAAUAGUGCUGAUGAGGGACUAACUCUGCUCUUCAAAUGUAGCAUAGGGAAGAUUUACCAAUUAAGAACUUUAUGGGACAAAUCUAACUCCAUUUUGGAGCAAUACAAGCCUGUAGGCCAAAUCAUUUCAAUGGCAGUCAUGUAAGGGAUGGAGAGUUCACCCUGCUUCUCUUUCCUCCACUUCCUCUUCUAGUCAUUCUUGUAUCUGUUUGGUUUUCUACAGUGCAUUGUUCUUCAGCAUUAAUUAGAACAACCUGUCUUCUGGAAAAUAUCUACAUGAGUCAGCAAAAAUUGCUAAAUGCUACAUGGAAAUUUAAGCAGUUUCCCUAUCCCCUUUUGUGGUUUGGGGAGUGAAGGAGGUGGUAUAGGGAAACUAUGGUGAAAGGUAGUUCCAGAGCAACUACACAUUUGUGCUUGUGGCAGGAUCCUUCAAAUCAAGAGAAACUGUUAGAAAUUUAACAAGACUUUUUUUAAAUAGAUGGUAACUUUUAUAAGAUUUAACCUAUUUCCAAAAUUUGGAAGACAAAGAAAUAUAGUCUGCAUUUGUAAGCAAAACUACAUAGAUUCCUAGAUAUUAAGGUCAGAAGGGACCAUUAUGAUCAUCUAGUCUGACCUCCUGCACAAUGCAGGCGACAGAAUCUCACCCACCCACUCCUGCAAUAAACCUCUCACCUAUGUCUGAGCUAUUGAAGUCCUCAAAUCAUUGUUUAAAGACUUCAAGGUGCAGAGAAUUCUCCAGCAAGUGACCCGUGCCCCAUGCUGCAGAAGAAGGUGAAAAACCCCCAGGGCCUCUUCCAGUCUUCCCUGGAGGAAAAUUCCUUCCCGACCCCAAAUAUGGCGAUCAGCUGAACCCUGAGCAUGUGGGCAAGAUUCACCAGCCAGAUACCCAGGAAAGAAUUCUCUAUAGUAACUCAGAUCCCACUCCAUCUAACAUCCCAUCACAGGCCAUUGGGCCUAUUUACCAUGAAUAUUUAAAGAUCAAUUAAUUGCCAAAAUGAUGUUAUCUACAAUUUGACACAUGUAAAAAUCUACUAGAAACUGGGGGGAAAAAAAUACUGAAAUAGUGGGGGAGAAAAGCCAAACUGAUCUGGUCUUCAGAUUGAUUUGCUAUCUGGUGAAUAAACUAGGAGGCUGUCUAAACAAAAAGUUAAUUUAAGUUUAGACCUUACUAUAUAAUAAACAUUAAUUCAGAGAUAACUGAAAUGCUGUUUUAAUUGUAGCUUACCUGCAGAAUGCACAUCAUGGAUUGUCUAUAUUAAAGUUAUAUUGGUCUAUUUAGUUCUCCUGGUGCAAAUACUUAACACAGAUGUGUAUUAAACCAUGCUUGUAGAAGUUUAGCACAUAGUUAAAUUAAUGGAAUUAAAUCUACAACUGGUUUAAAUGCAUCUAUGGUAGGGAUUUGGACAGGUUCAAACAAAUUAGCAUCUUUGAGGCCUGGACACAUGCUAUGUCCAUUUUAUAUUAUGAAAAUACUGUUUCCAUUAAAAGAAGCUGCAACUCUUAAUUUAUAUGCCAAAGUCAACACUUCCCGUCAUGCAUGCACACACAAAAAAGGCAAGACAAUUGUACCCACUCAGGUGACUGGCAUGGUGAGCAAAUCUCCAUGAUAGUCAUCCCGACUUUUAAUCUCCUUAAUACAUUACAUACAUGGCACUGAACACAGGUAAUUCCACUCAAGUAUUGCAGUCUGUUUAGUUAAAAUCUACACACGCACGCACACAAACCAUCUCAGGUCAUUUUUUACUGUAUCAUUAAAAAUAAAGGUAAUGAAAAUGUUAUCACAAUGAUACUCUUACAGCAAUAAAGGUUUGAGGCACUGUGGGAAAAGAAGACAUUUUCUGGCAAGUUUCGUGUUUAGUUGUGACACAAUGGGUCCAGUUUUGUGAAGCAUUAACUGCCCUCAAGUUUAACUGGAGCCAAUGAGAAGUGAGGACACUCAGUACCUUCAAAGACCAGGCUCCCUAUGUGACAAGAAGUCAGACACCUAGUAAAAUGUGCACUUUAUGCCCAUGA